CCCCACAACCCAUCCACACCCCCUUCAUCCCCCACCCCGCCAUCGCUCGACAUGGCGCCCUCCAAAAAACCAGCGCCGUCCACGAAGACGCGCUCGUCCGCCUCGUCCGAGCCGUUCAUCAAGAAGGUCAAGGGCGAGAACUUCUACCGCAAUGCGAAGGCGGUCGGGCGCCUCAAGAUGCUCAACGGCGGCAAGGCCGUGCGCGACCGCGACGGCAAGAUCAUCCAGGCGGCUGCGUUCCAGAAGGGCGAGGAUGAGACGAAGCCGGGAAGGGUGCAGCCUGAUCGCCGGUGGUUCGGGAAUACGAGGGUCAUCUCCCAGACGGCGUUGGACCAUUUUAGGACGAGUCUUGCGGCGAGGCAGAAUGACCCGUAUUCGGUACUUUUGCGGAGGAACAAACUGCCUAUGGCACUGCUGGACGAUGCACAAAAUCCGAAUACCCGCAAGCGAUCGCACAUUGUGGAGACUGAGCCAUUCAAGGAUACUUUUGGUCCCAAAGCGCAACGCAAGAAGCCCAGGAUCGAUGCGGGCACGUUCGAUGAGCUCAGCAAACUGGGUGCCGCAGCGGCUGAAGAGGCUGAAGCCUCGAAAAACGAUGGACAGGAGGGUGGCUCAGAGCCCGUUGCCUCGACGUCCGCCGACUUCCAGCAGACCCACGCAGAUGUCAUUGAGCCCAUUUAUGCGAAGGGCACAUCUCGUCGUAUAUACGGCGAGCUGUACAAAGUCAUUGACUCCUCGGACGUUAUCUUGCACAUCCUCGACGCACGGGACCCCAUGGGCACGCUGUGCGAGUCCGUGCUCGAGUACAUCCGCAAGGAAAAGGCACACAAACAGGUUGUCCUCAUCAUCAACAAGUGCGACCUCGUCCCCAACUGGGUGACCGCGCGAUACAUCCAGCACCUCACGCCGCGCUACCCGACGCUCGCCUUCCACGCCUCGCCGAACCACUCCUUCGGGAAGGGCUCGCUCAUCCAGCUCCUCCGCCAGUUCUCGCAGCUGCACUCCGACAAGAAGCAGAUCUCCGUCGGGUUCGUGGGGUACCCGAACGUCGGCAAGAGCAGCGUGAUCAACACGCUCAAGACCAGCAAGGUGUGCACCGUCGCGCCCGUGCCGGGCGAGACGAAGGUGUGGCAGUACAUCACGCUCACGAAGCGCAUCUACCUCAUCGACUGCCCGGGCAUCGUGCCCACGUCCGCGAAGGACUCGCAGACGUCCACCGUCCUCAAGGGCGUCGUCCGCGUCGAGGCGCUCCCGACGCCCUCCGAGCACAUCCCCGCGCUCAUGGCCCGCGUCAAGCCUGUCUACCUCGCGCGCACGUAUGGCGUGCCCCUCCCCGACCCGGACGACCCUGCGAAGAACUGGGAGCCCGAGGCGCUGCUCGAUAAGCUCGCGAGGAUGAAGGGCCGCCUGCUCAAGGGCGGCGAGCCCGACCGCGAGGGGGUCGCGAAGAUCCUCCUGAGCGACUGGGUCCGCGGCCGGAUACCGUUCUUCGUGCCCCCGCAGGAGCGGCCGGAGAGCCUGAACGAGGCGGAGGCGAAGAAGGCGAAGAGGGCGGCGGCGGAGGGUAAGGGCAAGCAGAAGGAGCAGAGGCCGUUGGGCGUGAAGCAGAACUUGGGGAGCAUCAUGCAGAAGAACACGUUUGUGGGUGAUGAUGUGCGGCCGCUAGAGGUCGAGGGUGAGGCGGUCGAGAAUGAAGGAGAGCACGAGGGAGAGCAUGAGGAUGAUGAGAAGGAGACGGUCGACGCAGAGGAUGCCCAAGAGCUUAGCUGGAAUGACGUCUUCAAAGGAGAUGCUGCCACAGCUCCUGCAGAGGCAACGGCAUCCUCUGCGGAUGCAGGAGAGGAGGAGGAGGAAUGGAAUGGUAUACAGGAUGGCGACGAUGAGGAAGAGGAAGAAGAUAGGCCCAGGAAGGAGGUGCGCAUGAAAACGAACAAGCGAAAGGCGACGAACUUCUACUCGAACACCAAUGUCAAGAACAAAAACAGACAUAAGGCUGCCCAUAUGAAGUCGCUGCCGACCGGAAAGCGCGGCCGUAGGUCAUGAGCGGCGUUGUCUCGUAGCCUUCAUCGCAUCUGGAAUCGAGUUGUUUUCGAUCCCUGUAGUGUCGGAGCGGCGCCGCGUCCAUGUACGACGAGAACAAUAACCGACUGGUACUGCUUCGCGCCAGCAAGAUGCGAUCCUCGCGCUCUCAGAAUAUCUGUAAUAAGAACGAUGAGUACUUGAGUCCUGAAUGGCGCGGCGAGGCCGCUUAGCACCACCAUCAGAACCACUGUUUGCAUGCAUAUGAAUGUGGCACAUAUCUCACUAUUCAGGAGCACCACAUGCAAUCGACUUCUAUCCGUCCACGUU